UGCGGCCGCGUCUGUACUCCGCUGGAACGUCCUCCGCGUUGGCCGCCAUGGGGAAGGUGAACGUGGCCAAGCUGCGGUACAUGAGCCGGGAUGACUUCAGGGUCUUGACCGCGGUUGAAAUGGGGAUGAAAAAUCAUGAAAUAGUUCCCUGCAGUUUGGUGGCUUCCAUAGCCAGUCUUAAACACGGUGGCUGUAAUAAAGUCUUAAGAGAAUUGGUGAAGCAUAAGCUCAUAGCUUGGGAGCGCACGAAAACUGUGCAAGGCUAUCGGCUGACAAACGCAGGCUAUGACUACUUGGCUUUGAAGACACUUUCUUCUAGGCAGGUAGUUGAGUCUGUUGGAAACCAGAUGGGUGUUGGCAAAGAAUCAGAUAUUUACAUAGUUGCAAAUGAAGAAGGAAAUCAGUUUGCAUUAAAGCUGCACAGAUUAGGAAGAACCUCCUUUCGAAAUCUGAAAAACAAGCGUGAUUACCAUAAACACAGGCAUAAUGUGUCCUGGCUCUAUUUAUCUCGUCUCUCUGCCAUGAAGGAAUUUGCUUAUAUGAAGGCUUUGUAUGAAAGGAAAUUUCCUGUUCCAAAGCCAAUUGAUUACAAUCGCCAUGCAGUGGUCAUGGAGCUCGUAAAUGGCUAUCCUUUAUGCCAGAUACAUCAUGUUGAAGAUCCUGCAUCAGUAUAUGAUGAAGCGAUGGAACUAAUUGUCAAACUUGGAAAUCAUGGGCUUAUUCACGGGGAUUUCAAUGAAUUCAACCUGAUUUUGGAUCAAGAUGAUCACAUUACCAUGAUUGACUUUCCACAGAUGGUUUCAACCUCUCAUCCCAAUGCUGAAUGGUAUUUUGACAGAGACGUAAAAUGCAUUCAAGAUUUCUUCAUGAAACGUUUCACCUAUGAAAGUGAGCUUUAUCCGACCUUUAAUGAUAUCAGGAGGGAAGACUCUCUUGAUGUAGAAAUUUCUGCCAGUGGCUACACAAAAGAACUGCAAGCAGAUGAUGAACUGCUUCAUCCAUUAGGCCCAGAUGAGACAGAUACUGAAACAGAUGAAGGAUCUGAAGCCUCACUCCCUGAUGAAGAGGUGUCAGGGGAAGCACAGGUCGGUGGGUCGGAAAGUGAACCCAAUUCAGAAGGCUGCAGUUGCUUGCCACCCGGAGACCUGGAACAAACAAAGGAAAACAGGCUGUCACAGGAGAGCACUGCUGCGCCCAGCUUGGAAAUGACGGGAUUCCUCCAAGCUUUAGGGGAAAUCAAAGAGCAAGUUGGUGAAAACAGUUAUGGAACUGAGUUUUCUCGGGGGAAAAUCCGGACUGAAAAUGGCACCAGACAAGAGAGUCAGGCGAGUCCAGGAGGAGCCCCUGCUGCCUCUGAGGAUUGUGACGAAUGCCCGCACCUGGCCGCCUUGUCCUCGUUAAACAAAGAAGUCAGGCCUUUCAGAGAUGAUGAAAAUAUGGGCGCUAUGAGUCCGCAUAGAGCAAGAACACUGAGUGUCACUUCUGCAGACAGUAUCGUAAGCUGUUCCACAAUUCCCCCGGAACUGGUGAAGCAGAAGGUUAAGCGUCAGUUGACAAAACAGCAAAAGUCAGCCAUCAGACGCCGGUUGCAGAAAGGAGAAGCAAAUAUAGUCACUAAGCAACGAAGGGAAAACAUGCAAAAUAUUAAAUCAAGCUUGGAAGCGGCUAGCUUUUGGGGAGACUAGUAAAUUUAUGAUCUUGGAUAUUUCUGAUAUGUUUAAAUUUUUCACCUGUAAUCUUUUGGGGGGACCAAUAUGACCAUGAACAUAAAUAAAUCCCAUCCUCUUCUCCCCCA